GUGGGGACGAAUUCAGGUCACAGGGCUCGGUGACGUGACCACCCGAGGGCGGGGGAGGGCGUAGCCCCGAGCGCCACCCCAGAGAUUAGGGGCCUCAAACUGAAGCCUGAGAGGUGGGGCCUCAUCGGUCCCCAAGGGUCCUCGGAGAGUCAGGGGUCAGUCCUGGGGUUCAGUUGAGCGUCCCUCACCCGGGCCGCGCGGCCGAACGUGCGGCCUGCUGUCAGGGGUGGGCGGGUUACCAAGGGCGCCUCCCGGGGCCCCUUGACCCUCGACCCCUAGUCCCCCGGUCAGAACCGCCGCUCACAGUUCCCUCUGCGACAGGGCUGCCACCAGGCUGCCCAGUCGUCAAAGAUGGGCUGCUUCAGGAGCAGCCCUGGGACCCAGGAAGGGGAGCGCACACCCUCCCUAGCUGCUGUUUUUGUCCUGCGAAUACGUAUAAAGUAGGUGCUUUGCCCUGGACCAAAGCGGGUGUUUACCUGCUCCCUCACCUGUCUCAGGUGCGCACCUCGCUAGACCGGUCCCUGCCCUGGGAGGCGGAGCCGAGCAGGGAGCGCCCUUCCUCUUCCUGGGUAGGUGUCCGCAGCUCGAGGGGCGCCGGAGCGGAGGAGGCUCGGGGUCACAAGUCACAGGCCACAGGAGGCUGGAUGUGCCAAGUCCCCCGGGCCUCUUGGCUCCAGACGCCCCUUUGAGGCCAGCACCGGAUCCCCUAAUCCCACUUAUUUGAAAUGGGCCCGCGGCUGAGCUUCCUCAGGAGGGACAGGCAGGUCAUCGCGUGGCCAGAGCCCACCUGGCCGCAGGCCCUGGAAAGUGCUUCCCACAGUCCCUUCCUCUCAGGAACCAGAGCCCCCAGAGCCGCGAGGACCCCGCCCCUGCUGCAGCCAGGCUCCCGCCACGCCCAGACCCCAGCUGCCAGGGGCCAGCAUCCCGAGGGCCUGGCCUGGUGGGACAGGGCUCUGCCCCCUGGGCUGGGCCUCACCUCCCGAGGGAGCGCUGCAGCCCUUCCAUACACCCUCCCGAGGGCUGCCUCGUUGACGGUGCCGUGCAGGGGGAACACGCCCCCUUUAACCUGCUCUGGGUCCCUGUCUGCUGCACUUGCUCCAGUGAAUAACCCUAUACCUUCCAAUUUGAAAUCUGAAGCAAAGAAGGCUGCUAAAAUUCUAAGAGAAUUCACAGAAAUAACUUCCAGAAAUGGACCUGAUAAAAUCAUUCCUGCCCACGUCAUCGCGAAAGCCAAGGGCCUGGCGAUCCUGUCUGUGAUAAAGGCUGGAUUUCUGGUCACUGCCAGAGGAGGCAGCGGGAUUGUGCUGGCGCGUCUUCCAGACGGAAAAUGGUCUGCACCUUCGGCCAUUGGCAUAGCUGGGCUUGGUGGAGGAUUUGAACUAGGAAUAGAGGUGUCAGACUUGGUAAUAAUUCUGAAUUAUGACAGAGCAGUGGAAGCUUUUGCGAAAGGUGGCAACCUAACGCUCGGCGGGAACUGCACCGUGGCAGUAGGGCCCUUGGGGAGGAAUUUAGAAGGCAACGUCUCCCUAAGAAGCUCAGCUGCUGUCUUUACGUAUUGCAAAUCACGAGGCCUCUUUGCUGGCAUAUCUUUAGAAGGUAGCUGUUUGAUCGAGCGGAAAGAAACUAAUCGAAAAUUUUAUUGUCAGGAUGUUCGAGCUUAUGACAUUUUAUUUGGAGAUAUACCACGACCUGCUCAAGCAGAAGAUCUUUAUGAAGUCCUCGAUUCCUUUACUGAAAAGUAUGAAAGCGAAGGACAACGAAUCAACGCAAGGAAAGCAGCUCGGGAGCAGAGGAAAGCUCAGGCUAAAGAAUUACCUCCAAAACCAUUGUCAAGACCCCAGCAAUCGUCUGCACAAGUCCAGCUGAACUCUGGCUCUCAGAGUAACAGAAACGAAUAUAAGCUCUAUCCUGAACUUCCCAGCUAUCAUGAGAGAGUUGGCAGUUUGAACCAACCCACAGAAGUGACAGCCCUGUAUUCUUUUGAAGGACAACAGCCAGGAGAUUUGAAUUUUCAAGCUGGAGACAGAAUCACAGUUAUAUCAAAAACGGAUUCACAUUUCGAUUGGUGGGAAGGAGAGCUUCGAGGUCAGACUGGCAUUUUUCCAGCCAACUAUGUCACCAUGAAUUAAGAUCCUUAAAUCCUUUCCACUGGGAGCUCCUGUCACGGCUCAGAGGUAACGAACUUGACUAGCAUCCACGAGGACUGGGUUUGACCCCUGGCCUCGCUCAGUGGGUUAACGAUCCGGCAUUGCCGUGAGCUGUGGUGGCAGGUGGCAGACAGCUCAGAUCCCACAUGCUGUGGCUAUGGUGUAGGCUGGCAGCUACAGCCCCGACUCGACCCCUAGCCUGGGAACCCCCAGCCUGCAGCCCUGGAAAGACCAUAAAAUAAAAUAAAAUAAAAUAGUGUUUUCCACUAAUUGUUCUCACAUAUACUAUUUAAUAGCUAAUAUCCUCCAAUUACAUGGUCACAUUUCUUUUGUGUUCAUUUUCAAACUUCACCGAACAUUUGAUUUGACUGUGUAUCUGGUGACUUUAACUUGAGAGUCUCGAGAGGGGUAUAAAUAUCAAUUCAUAUAUUUGCAAAGCGAGGAGGAAAGAAAUCAGCUUAAAUGGGGCUAAUUAAGUAAUACUUGGAGUUACAGGUAUGAACUAGAAUAUUAAUCCUUAAAUGUUGUCUCUAUACCUUCAGACAUUGCAUAUGGAUGUAUAUAUACUAGAACUCUGUUGCACUGUAAUUCGACGACCAUGCAUUAAAAAAAGACGUCUGUUAACUCGCCUUCUUUAUGAGGUUGUACUUGUUCAGUUGUAGCCGUAGAAUAAACUUAUGUUGACAUGGUU